AUGGACAAUUAUGGCUUUAAAGAUAGUGAUAGUACAACAGCACCAUCACCCCUUCCACCACCAUCGACGCCACCAGUACGGCCGCCUAGAAUAUUUCGAACGAUAAGCUGCAUUGAGAAUGGUUCCAUUAAGUUUCCCCGUUUGAGUAGCAGAUUCAACGCUACAUUGAAAAAGGAUACUGGAGAGCAACCGAUAGAUCCAGAAGCAGCAUUAUCGGAGACGCUUAUGAAUGAGAAUGGGCCUCGUAAUGAGAAUAGCACCAAGACUGCUAACAUACAAAAUAACAUAAGCGAUGUGACUGCUGGAAUCAGACGCUCAUCAGCAGACAAUCAUAACGUGUCUGCAGCAACAGUAAAUGGAAGCUUUACCACCACCACAAAUACUAACACCAAAACAACUGCAUCACAUAGUGGAACAGGUCAACCUAACGGUCGUAAAUCGCACGUUGACUGUUAUGAAUACAUGGAAGUAGGACCAUCCCCUCCUGCCGAGGGCGCACCGAAUCUAUACGAUAGCUACGACGAAAGUUACUCCGAAUCCAGUGCCCAACUCUGUAAUGACAUCAUCCGUAUAUCGCUCACAGAGCAGAUGCGGCUUGCAGGUGGUCGAGUGGCAUUGCUUGAAAGUUUCGAACUCGACCUCACACUUGAUUGUGCGGCAGUCGAGCAUCUGCUGAAUGGAACAGCAACACUCGCAACAUCAGGGCCAGCAACGAAUACCUCAACUACAACCUUUCCCACUAACAACAGUGUCUGCGUUGGAGGACAACAGCUUGAAAAAAAUAUCUGCUUUCUGUGGGCGGCAUUUCUACGAAAGUUUCAUCUACUUGAUCAGUGUGUCCGACUCGGUGCCGAUAUCAACUUUUGCGACAGUAAUGGUUUAACAGCGCUCCAUCUCGCAUCUUUCAGUGGGUGUACUGAAUGUUGCGCAUUUCUGAUUCAGCAUGGACUAGACGUUAAUAUGCAACCUAAAUGGUACACUCCAUUACACUGUGCCGCAUUCGGUAAUUCAUUAGCUACCGCUGAGCUUCUAAUUAAAAAUGGUGCUCGCAUUGACGUGCCAACCAACAAGCAACACUGUGAAGAAUCGUUGCUACACUGUGCCGUACGUUCAAAUGCUAUCGACUGUCUUCGAUUCUUCAUAGCCCACGGUUCAAAUGUAAAUGCACUAGAACGUAAUGGAACGAACCCAAUCCAUCUUGCCGCCGACCUCGGCCACACCCAGUGUCUUGCUGCAUUGCUAGAGUGUCCGAAUGCCGAUCCCAACAUCCGUAUUCAGCAAGGGGAUAAGCAGAUGACUGCGUUGCAUCUUGCCGCAGACGAGGGUAAUUUGGACUGCGUUACCCAACUGCUAGCACGAGGCGCGGACGUCCGCGCUCGUAAUCAUCGUGGUUUUACGCCGCUACAUUUGGCAGCUCGCAGUGGAAGUGCAGAUUGUGUCGAGGCCCUACUAAAACUUGGUGGAUGUGAUCCGAAUAUGGCCGAUUUCGAUCAACGUACGCCACUACACGCUGCAGUCAGCAAAUCCGAUACUGCCGUCGAAAUGAUUGAGACACUAAUUGCAUGGGGUGCUAAUGUCAACCAGCGCGAUGUGUACGGAUUUACCGCACUGCAUCUUGCGGCAUUAGAUGCACUAGGUCCUUGCGUAGAAACAUUGCUUUACCACGGUGCGGAUGUCACAAUGAAAUCCAGGAAGGGAACUAGCGCUCUCAACAUUAUAAGUCGUAAAACUCCGGCAUCUCUAGGAGUCAUACAAUGCAAACUUGAUGCUGCUAUCACUCUGACACACUCCCAGGAUUCAUCCAGCCGGGAGGUGGAAUUAGAACUAGAUUUUCGCAGUAUCCUGCAACAUUGCCACCCAAGGGAAAUUAGCUAUCUAAAUACAUUUGUGGACGAUGGACAAAAGGAAUUUUUGCAACAUCCGCUCUGCUCAGCUUUUCUCUACAUUAAGUGGAACAAAAUACGCAAAUACUAUAUCGCGCGAUUGCUUUUCUGUUUCACAUUUGUGCUCUUUCUAACACUGUACGUGCUCACAGCACUAGCGCAUAAUUGCUAUAACGGCAGCAAGGACAUGAAGGAAACUAUUCAGGAACAGGAGCUUUGUCAAAAACAAUCCAUCUUUGGAGAUAUGCUACGCAAUAACCCAUUCGUAAUUGAGAUGCAAUGGAUGGUUCUAGUGGCAAUCACAGCAAUUGAAAUUUGUCGUAAGAUCUAUGGCAUCACUGGCUAUACUUCGUUAAAACAUUACGUAACACAAACAGAAAAUGCGAUCGAAUGGUUCAUCAUACUGAGCGUAUUUGUUAUCUCUUACAUCUACACUAAAAGGACCUACACUUGGCAGAAUCAUGUAGGAGCCUUUGCAGUACUGCUUGGUUGGACGAAUCUGAUGCUUAUGAUCGGUCAGUUACCCGUUUUCGGUGCGUAUGUCGCCAUGUAUACCAAAGUGCAGGUUGAAUUUGCCAAACUUUUCAUGGCCUAUUCAUGUAUGUUGAUUGGCUUCACAAUCAGCUUUUGUGUCAUCUUUCCAUCUUCUUCUUCGUUUGCUAAUCCUUUCAUGGGAUUUAUCACUGUACUAGUGAUGAUGACGGGAGAACAAGACCUGGAAUUGCUAAUCAAUGAUCCUGAUGGCAAGGAUCCACCGUUUCUUCUUGAAAUUAGCGCUCAGAUUACUUUUGUGCUGUUUUUAUUGUUUGUCACAGUCAUUCUGAUGAACUUGCUCAUUGGUAUAGCUGUGCACGAUAUACAAGGAUUGAAAAAAACUGCCGGUCUGUCAAAAUUAGUCCGGCAAACGAAACUGAUUUCCUACAUCGAAUCUGCUCUUUUUAAUGGUUGGCUACCAAACUGGCUGCGCAAUUUACUUUACUACACGGCGCUGGUCUCGCCACAAGCUUACCGUGUUGUGUUAAGCGUCAAACCUCUCAAUCCCGGCGAAACAAGACUUCCCCGGGAUAUCAUGAUGGCCGCAUAUGAGGUAGCGAAGCAGAAAAAACACUAUGUCAGAAAGAGUUUCUCAACACUACGUCGUGAUGUGUCUUACGAUCCUCAAAAAAACGCACUAAUAGUGAAUGGGAUGCAGUCAAAAACGUACAAACGCACAGAUAGUAGCUGUAAUGUAUCCAACUGUCGCCGAGCUGCUCAUACAGGAAUGGGAGUAGCCAGCACAAAUAAUGAUCAUACAACAAAGUUUGGAUACGUCUAUGACACACCAACGCUGUAUGGUCUCACCAAUAAGUUAGACGAACAUAAUGACUAUAUUGGUAACAUUGCAACAGAGAUUGCAGAACUACGAUCAACAAUCGAGGAGAAUCAGCAGAUGCUGCGGCAGGUGCUCGAAUUACUAAGCAAAAGUCAAACACACAACAUUCAAUCGAAUCAAUUAUAAUACCGAUUAAAUGUGGUGAUAACGUCAUCUUCACACCGUCCAAUAUAAGGUGCAUCUGCUAUAUAGUGUUGUAUGGCGCUACUCUCUAACCUGAAGGGGACUUUCUUUGAUUUUUUUUAUAAGCUAAAACGUAGACGCAAUUUCGUUCGUUUAUACAGUAUCCGCAGUGACGUCAUUUAGAUGUGAUUUUCCAUAGAAUGUAGUAGAUAGCUAUAGCAGUGUAACUCAGUUUUUAAAUUUUUAAUCACAAAUAGUAUCAUCAUUACCACAAAUAAUAGAACAGAUAAUAACUACACUGUCAUACCUGUUCUGCAUCAAAUUAUUGUCAAAAUUAUUAAUAACAUCAGCAUUCUUUGUUAAAUGUUUUCAUGUUGAACGAUUGACCAACCUUUAUCGAAAACGGUUUAUCAUUUCUUUUUUUUCGAUUUUAUUGUCAUUAAGGUCCAUGGCAUUGCUUUGUCGGAUGUGAAUUUAUCGGAAGGCCAGUCAGAUUUUAUAUGGGAUUUAACAGAUAAUGUAGGACGUGCGAUUUCGUCGUACGACGGAAUAAUUUUAUUUUUUAAUUCGUCGGAUCGUCGCAUCCGAUUUUAUCUGUCAAUGUAAUUAUGUAGGUUAUGUAGGAACAACAUGAAAUUAAUUUUUGUAUAAUAGUGAAACAAUUGGAAUUAUACAAAUAAUCGCAAUAUGAACCGAAAUAGCAUGUGACAGCAACGUCCGAUAAAAUCGCAUCGGAUGGGUACUGCCACGGGCCUAAGGCACUAUUAUACCAGGGUAUCGUAUUUUAAUAAAAUCAAAUGUGAUUGCAAUAAAAAACAUCGUGCAUAUAAUGCAUCGUAGAAUA